AUGGAGCCUCGACUGCCGCCACCUCCAUCCAACGAUAAAGUCGAUUCUCGCCCCUACAAAUGUCCUUAUCCUCUAUGCGGUCGUGCUUUCAGUAGACUAGAACACCAGACUCGUCACAUUCGCACUCAUACAGGCGAAAAACCCUUUGUCUGCACUUUUCCAUCUUGCGAGAAACGUUAUUCUCGUUCAGACGAACUCACAAGACAUUCACGCAUUCACAACAACGAUAAUUCUUUGUCUGGUGCUUCAAAUACCAAAGGUAAACAAAAGGCAAAACAAGAUAUCUCAAUCAUAGAUGAUCACACCGGCCCAGGCAUCAACCUACAUUCCUUACCUCGCUCAGACCCUCAAGGAACUUCUAUCAGAGUAAAGAAGAAGGCUAGAAGUAGAGCAAAUAGUGACGAUGAGGCUGAAUCAUAUGCUCGUCCAACUUCAUUUGCCUCUCAUGAGCCUUCUCACCGAAGACGCUUACAAACCCAUGUCCCAGUUUCAUCAAACCCUUCCGCUUUUUCAACCGAACGAGAAGAGGCUCUUCGCCGUGCAGAGUAUGAAGCCGGUAUCGCUGCGAUAAUCUACCCCUGUGAACGUGCAUCAACAAGAGCCUCCGAUUCCCCCAUUUACUUCACAGCAUCUCUCAAGGGCCCAACUACUGACAGCUAUCUCGGUGUUUCAAGCAUCUGUGAUUGGGAUGAAGACAAAGACAUCAGAUCCGAUUUCGACAACCUUUCUAUUUUGAGUUCCGAUUCCGAAACUGUCGUCCCGCGACAUCUACGAUCCCAUUUCACAUAUUCCGACCCUCUGGAGUCCUCCCCAUCCUCUAGCAUUCAAAGUACAAAAUUUACCUUCACACCAAGUACAAGCCCAUUUUCAUUCUUCGACCCACUUCGCACCCCCAAUUUCUAUUCAAUCAACCCAUCAAGGGCCCCGUCAUCUAUCUUGCCACCCCUCAUGGAUGUGCCUAUCAGCUCUAUAGACAAACCUAUCAGCCAACGCUCCCGUCGCUCCAGCAUUGUCAGCAGUCCCCGAUUGAGUGCGAUCCCACAUGGGACCUUGUACACUCUACUGAGCAAUCUUCUCCCGUCAAUUACGGAACCUUCGAGUCAAGACUAUAUCUGGGCCUUCUUUUGCAGAUUCGUUCCCCUCAGUGCUUUGUUUGACUCGCCUGGUCGCGGACCUCUACCAAUGAUUCGACUAGGCAGUGAUCGUGCUCGCCUCGUUGAAAGGCUCGAAGCAAACUUCGAGAACCCUAGUAAUGCUAUGUCAUGGCUACACGGACCUUCCGGUACAGGAAAAUCUGUCAUUGCGUACACUCUUGCCAGUCGUUGCAGACAGAAAAAUAGAUUGGCAGGCAGUUUUUUCUUCUCUCACGGGCAUGCAAACUGCAGAAACGCGCGUUCUCUCGUGUUCGCACUUGCAUAUCAACUUGGGCUGUCUCAACCGCAGGCGAAAAAGAAAAUUGUUGAAGUCCUGGGGAGCGAUCCUGGUAUAAUUUCUCCUUCUCGGGACUUGCGCGAGCAAUUCACUCGGCUCCUCAUUGAACCUCUGGAGGCAGAUCGGCACCCUCCUUCGAAGGUGUUCAUCAUUGAUGCUAUGGAUCAAUGUCAAGACCAGGUGCCCGAACUUAUUUUACUCCUCACUCGACUUCUCUCCCAUAUGGUUGAUGUGGGCCUUCACGUUUUCUUCACAAGCCGUGACUAUAUGAAGGGAGUCUUGAUCAACCGUCAUCUCUCUCCAAUGAUAUCGGACAUUGCUCUGGAUGACAUUACUAGGGAUGUUAGAUUAUUCCUCCACCAAUCUUUCGAUAAGAUACACAAACGUCACCGGCUUCAAUGUUGCAAGCCAUGGCCACCGGAAGAGGUGCUCGGCCGUCUAGUGAAUAGAGUGGGACCCCACUUUAUUAUAGGAUCCAUCAUCGUAAAAUUUGUUGAAAGCUUUGACCAUGACCCCACAGACAGGAUGGAUUUCAUUGAUCAUAUUUCUUUCAAUUCAUCGUCACCUUCAGAGUCAUCAGUGUAUGAUUUCUACAAAUCCAUCAUAUCCGCAGCCGACGACUCGGGGCAAGCAUACCUUUAUCUCACAAUUGUUGUGAAUCUUACUGGCACGCUAUCGUAUUCGCAACUAGAUGACCUUCUUAAUCGAGGGCCAAACCAGAAGUUUGACAUGCGUUCCGCGUUGUCUCAAUUGUCACCUCUGGUCCAUACCCCGAAUGGUCCCGACAGUGCUGUGCAAGUCUGUCACGAAUCCCUUUGCGAAUUUCUGUCCGACCCCCUGCGCUGUGGAGAGCAGUUCAUCUCUGGAGCCGUGGUUCAUCGUCUGCUGGCUUACUCUUCCUUGAGUGUCAUGAUGGAGGAGUUACCGAACGACAGCACUCUCUGUUCCCGUUUAUCCCAGUCAGUGACGGAAAGCAGCUCCAUGUCGCUCCGUGUCUUUGACAAUGCAGAAAUUCUGUCAUUUGCGAUGUAUUCACCGCCAGAGCCUCUGCCAUUUUUGUCCAUGCUCGGGCACAUCAUGCAACGUCAGUAUCCGGAACUUCAGGUUGAUUCUCGCACAAAAUCGGCUCUACUAUAUUUCUGUCAUACCUGGCAGAUUUUACAGAACCUCGACUUGUCCGCGGCUGACACCUUGCCUGCCUUCCGCUUCCUAGCGAACAUUAAAUCCCUACCUAUACUCCUGGCCUUUCCAAUAUUUCUGGCAUUUGAAUCUCCUAGAAGUGGCCAAACUCUGGGCCCGUCGAUCUUAGAGUACGACUCUCGCAUAGAAAUCUUGGAUGCAGUGGCCGAAAUUGUGACCAAUGUGCAUGCCCUGAAGGAUCAGCGCAAAAUGGGCUCGGGUGCACUCGACUAUGCUUGUACUCACUGGGUGUAUCACCUUUCUUUGGCGGAGUGGGAUGAUGACCUCCGCUCUAUCGUGACUACCUUCAUGAGACAGAAGCUCCGACAGUGGCUCGUGAAAGCAUGGUGCCUCCAGGAUUUGGAGACCUGCCUUCAGACGUUGUGCAAGGUUCAGGAGCUUUGCUGGGCAGUUAAUCUGCCUAUCCAUCUUGAUCCUGAUGCACAAUGUACCACUGCGGACACGAAGACUCAGGAGGACGCUGAAAAGGCUAGUUUGGCGGCACAGAGUGUGAAAGAAGUCGUAGAUUAUGUUAAGGUUGAGGACCACUAUUCCCCAAGCAAUCCCAUCCCGGCUAUCGGCAUUAAGCACGUUCACUCGCACUCAGAUGCCAGCAUGACUCGCCCCGUUGCGAGCCAAGCUAUACUUGAUGCCAACCAACGACGUGGACGCCACGAAGCUACCCAUAGGUGCGAUGAGUGUGGGCAAACAUUUACAGCUUAA